UAAACACUUGUUUCUUUAAGUAUUUAGUUUAGGAUUAGGAUAUAUCUUCCAUAAUGAUUGACGACGCAGUUAUUGAAGCAAUGGAGGUGCUGCACUCAUGCCGUUGCUGCCUGCGGCACCCCCCGGACAAGGAUCUUAAGAAACCGUACACUCAUCUCGGCAAAACAGAGAUAUAUUCGGACAUACUCGAGCAAUGCUUCGAUAUACGUCUGUCUCUAGACAAUGAUGAUGAGUGUGGGAUCUGCGAGACGUGCGUGGAGCGCCUGCGAGACGCUAGCACCUUCAAGCUGCAAGUACAGAAAAGCCAGGCGGAGCUGCAGAAGCGACUGGAUCAAGUACUUCACGCUAUGGAUUUGGGACCUGAAGGCAGGUCCGAGAUGGAGGAACAGGACCAACCAAAUAGUGUCCCUAGAUCACAUGGUGAACCAGAAACUGAAAUGGUGCAACAACAAGAAGAUAUUGGUGAUUCUCUAUCACGUAAUAAAGAAGCAUUGGCUGUGCUCAAAGCUAAACAGGGGUCAUCAUCAGAAGCUGUGUCUGCCGAGAGAACUGUCGAGACACAAAUUGAAAAAGGAUCAAACUAAGUAAAUGCGGGUAU